AGCCGCCACAUAUUACAACGCACCUACUCUUUUACACACUCAAACAAAUCUACAAAGCAACAAUAACGGAGGAAGGCAAUAACAGACCUUGGCAUUAGCUUAAGCUUUUUAUUUUCAACUAUCACUCUUACUGCCCACGACAUUGUCUGCACACACCUACCAUGCCGCAACUGCCGUCCCCACCGCCGUCAGCAACAUUCCAACAGCAUCAGUGUCGCUGGUCGCUUCCUCCAUGCUCAGAGACAUUUAGUGACGCUGAAGCCCUCUAUACUCACCUCACCAACGAGCACAUUGGCAGAAAAGCCACAAACAACCUCUGUCUCGACUGUCACUGGGAGGACUGCAACGUUCAAACCACAAAGAGGGACCAUAUUACAAGUCAUCUACGAGUCCAUGUCCCACUCAAGCCCCACGUUUGCGAGAUUUGUGGAAGGGCUUUCAAGCGCCCGCAGGACAAGAAGAAACACGACAAACUUCACGAGGACGCUGCUCUUAUGGGUCAGGACCAUGCAUUCCUCGACUCACAACUGCGCGUGCCACGUCCGAUGGCUUCCAUGCGCAGAAGAAGCAGUGGCCGCUCCAUUGUCAAGUCAGAGCGCUCUCCCUCGUUUUCACCGGCCGGUUCAUUAGACGGCUCUCCACGUCACCCGACCAUGGACACUCCCAAACACUCGCCCUUUUCCCCAUACUCGGAAACAACGUGGUCCGAUAUGCAAGGCUGUUCCCCGCAUUCAGGAACGGCAGGAGAGUUCUCGCCCCAGUCGGCACUCUCCCCUGCAGACGAUGUGAUCUUUGGCAGCAUACCCUCGGAUCAAAAUCUCUUGUUUGAUCACCCCGAGUUCCAUUACAAUGGGAAUUUCAAUGGAGACCUGAAUGGGGACCUAAACAGUGGGAUUCCAGGCGGGAUAAACGACGUGACGCCCAUGCCCCUGAAUGGAAAACGCGGAUAUGACAUUGUCGACGAAUUUAUGAGCGACUUUAAAAAGAAGCGCCUCUCCACCACUUACGACGCCGACAUGGCGCAACGUCUGGAUGAAAUGGCCACGUUUCUUUUUGAUGAUACCACCGGUGCCUUACCUCCUCUUGACACCCAACCCGUUGAACACCUCAACGACCUCAACACAUUCCUUUUGCAACUGUCGAAUGAAAUUGGAGAUAGCACCUGUUACAUGGACAACAGUCUCUCUACCGACGACACGAUGAGCGGCUUCCAUUCGUCCUUUGAUACCUACAACAACGUCGAAGACUCGGCCUUUGUCGUACCCGCCAACCCGCAACCCCUCCUCAACCCGCCCAUCGUCCCUACCCACCGUCCAGUCUAUAACGACUCUGUCAUCGCAGAUUCCAUCAUAACACCUCCCGUCGUUCCCUCCCACUCCACACUCCCAAGCUCAGAUCUGUACACCUACCAAAACCUCCCCUCCAUACCAACAUUUGACCCCUCGACGUUCGACCCGACCACCACACCCCAG